AUGUCUGAGUCAAAAGAUGUUGAAAUGAAAGAUGCCAAUGCAUCAAUUGAAGAAACAAGAUCAAUAAUUGAAGAAAUUGAAUCUUCAUUUAAUUUAUUAGAAAAAGCUUCAAAUACUUUUGAUAAUAGAUAUGUUUCAAAAGUUAUACGUGAUUUUGGACCAUUAAGAAAGAAAAUAUUAAAUUAUGAAUCAGUAUUACCAACUAUUAUAAAUGAUGUAUUUCCAAAUAAUUAUAAAUCAAAACAAGACUUAUUAAAUUUAUUCACUGCCCAACCUUUAGAUUAUAAAUCAAAUAAAUCUUUUAAUUUUAUACCUGAAAUUGAAUUAUAUAUAUAUUUAUUAAUUCAAGUAUAUUUAUUAGAUACAAAUCAAAUUCAACAAUUAAAUGAAUUAAGUCCUCAUUUAAUUAAAAUUAUGAAUUCUUAUAAUAGAAGAUCAUUAGAUUUCAUACAGGCGAAAAUUUGGUUUUAUAUAAGUAGAGGAAAAGAAUUAUCAAAUGAUUUAAUUUCAAUAAGAAAUGAAUUAAUUUAUAAUUUAAGAACUUCAAGUUUAAGACAUGAUACUGAAACUACAGCAUCAAUUAUAACCUUGCUAUUAAGAAAUUAUUUAUUAUAUCAUGAUAUUCAACAAGCUUCAAAUUUAGUUGAAAAAAUUCAAUUUCCUGAAAAUUCAGCAAAUUCUUUAAUUGCAAGAUAUUAUUAUUAUUUAGCAAGAAUUAAUGCUGUUCAAUUAGAUUAUUCAAGUGCUCAUGAAUAUGUUAUUGCUGCUAUAAGAAAAGCUCCUCAAACUAAAUUUACAAAUGGAUUUAUUCAAUCUGCAACAAAAUUAAAUAUUGUUAUUGAAUUAUUAAUGGGAGAAAUUCCAGAAUUAAAGACUUUCAAAAGUGGUAAAGGAAAUUUUGAACCUUAUUUUAAUGUAACAAAAGCUGUAAAAUUAGGAGAUUUAAAAUUAUUUAAAGAAGUUUUAAAUAAAUAUGAAUCAAUUUUUAAAAAAGAUGAUAAUUAUACUUUAAUUUUAAGAUUACGUCAAAAUGUUAUUAAAACUGGGAUUAGAAUUAUUUCAUUAUCAUAUUCAAAAAUAUCUUUAAAAGAUAUUUGUAUAAAAUUACAUUUAGAUUCAGAAGAAUCAACAGAAUAUAUUGUUUCAAAAGCUAUUAGAGAUGGAGUAAUAGAAGCAACAAUAAAUCAUGAAAAGGGAUAUAUGAAAUCAAAAGAAAUUUUAAAUAUUUAUUCAACAAAUUUACCACAACAAGAAUUUAAUCAAAGAAUUAAAUUUUGUUUAAGUUUACAUAAUGAUAGUGUUAAAUCAAUGAGAUUUCCAAAUGAUAAUGAACAACAAAAAAUUACAAAUAAAGAAAUUGAAAAUGAUGAAGUUGAAUUAUUAAAAGCUAUUGAAGAAGGUGAUUUAGAUGAUUUUAUAUAG